AUGUAUCCAAGCGCGGGCGCUAUGAACGCCGCCGCCGCCGCUGCUGCCGUGGCGGCCGCUAGGCAUCCGGGUCCUCCGCAGCCCGGCCAACCAAUCAAGUUCACAGUUGGAGAAUCCUGUGAUAGGAUUAAAGAGGAAUUUAACUUUCUUCAAGCACAAUAUCACAAUUUAAAAUUAGAAUGCGAGAAGCUGGCUAGUGAAAAAAUUGAAAUUCAGAGGCAUUAUGUCAUGUACUAUGAAAUGUCGUACGGCCUCAAUGUGGAAAUGCAUAAGCAGACGGAGAUAGCAAAAAGGCUGAAUGCGAUAAUAGCACAAAUAUUACCGUUCCUGUCUCAGGAACAUCAACAACAAGUGGCCUCGGCCGUAGAAAGGGCGAAACAAGUUACUAUGACAGAACUGAACGCCAUCAUUGGGCAACAAAGGCCUGACCUACCGCGGCUUCUACAGCAGAUGCAUGCGGCACACCUACCGGCGCAUGGCGCGCCACCUCUACCGAUUUUAGGUCAAGGUGCUCUUCCUCCCGCUGGUCUCCUUGGUCUAGGCGUUCCACAUCAUCCUCUCUCAGUCCUCGCGAAGCCACCUGACCUACAUAGACCGGACGACAAAGGCAAUGGUAUCAGUUCAGCAGAGGAGAGACAUAGAAAUUCUAUAUCACCAGGUGAACGAGAAAAAUAUAGGACGCGGAGUCCAGCAGAACCUGAACACAAGAAAUUAAAGAAAGAAGAGAAAGACAUGGGUCAUGAGUUAGUAGUAGAUGACGCGAGUGAGGAGCCCACAUCGCCGCACAAUGGCGCUCCUUCCCCUCGAGAGAACGGCCUCGACAAGCUCCAACCUAAAAAGGAACAUCCCCCACACAGCCCUAGAUCGGGCACGUCAAGCAACGCAUCAACGCCUUCAGCGAAAAAGCUUGACGAGAAACCUAGUACACCAAUAUCGAAGCCGGUGACGCCUACAUCGGGUGCGAGCGGGGCGGGUUCAGCGGGGGCGCCAUUGAAGGCUGCCGUCAAGCCACCGGCACUGCAGUACCCGUACCUUGGCAACGGGGCGCAUGACGCGUAUGGCCUUGCCGGGUACUCGGCGCGGGCCGCCCUGGCGUACGAACCUCUGCGGCCGCCCAUCGGACCCGCAGCACUAGCACCGAUACCGAGUGGCAAGCCGGCGUACUCUUUCCACGUAUCGGCGGAAGGUCAAAUGCAACCGGUGCCCUUUCCGCCUGACGCGCUGAUGGGUCCUGGGAUUCCCCGUCACGCGCGUCAAGUCUCCGCAUUGGCCCACGGCGAAGUCGUCUGUGCGGUCACUGUCUCAUCCCCCACUAAGUAUGUGUACACCGGAGGCAAGGGCUGUGUCAAGGUGUGGGACAUCAGUCAACCUAGCAAAGCCCCCGUCAGUCAAUUGGAUUGUUUGCAAAGAGACAACUACAUAAGAUCAGUAAAGCUAUUGCCGGACGGUCGUACCUUGAUCGUAGGCGGUGAAGCGUCAAACCUGUCAAUAUGGGACCUGGCGUCACCCACACCAAGAAUCAAAGCUGAACUCACGUCUUCCGCACCCGCCUGCUAUGCCCUCGCUAUUAGUCCUGACUCUAAGGUUUGCUUUAGUUGUUGUUCAGACGGCAACAUUGCAGUAUGGGACCUACACAACCAGACGCUAGUGCGACAGUUCCAAGGUCACACGGACGGUGCGUCUUGUAUCGAUAUCUCCGCUGACGGGACCAAACUGUGGACCGGUGGUCUUGACAAUACUGUGAGAUCUUGGGACUUGAGAGAAGGCAGACAAUUGCAACAACACGACUUUAGUUCCCAAAUCUUCUCAUUAGGUUAUUGUCCGACAGGCGAGUGGUUAGCCGUCGGUAUGGAGAAUAGUAAUGUGGAGGUGUUACACGCUGUGAAGCCGGACAAGUACCAGCUACACUUGCACGAGUCGUGUGUUCUGUCGCUGCGGUUCGCGUCGUGCGGGAAGUGGUUCGUCUCUACCGGGAAAGACAACCUGCUCAACGCGUGGCGUACUCCUUACGGGGCUAGUAUAUUCCAGUCAAAAGAAUCAUCAUCGGUGCUCAGCUGUGACAUUUCGUCGGAUGACAAGUACAUAGUGACGGGAUCCGGCGACAAGAAGGCCACAGUAUAUGAAGUGAUCUACUAG